CCUAGGAUUUGAAGACUGUGCUCUCCCUGCCCCAGUACCCGGGGGAGUUCCUGCACCCUGUGGUGUAUGCAUGCACUGCAGUCAUGCUACUGUGCCUCCUUGCCUCCGUUAUCACCUACAUCAUGCACCAGAGUGCCAUCCGGAUCAGCAGGAAAGGCCGGCACACACUCCUGAACUUCUGCUUCCACGCAGCUCUGACCUUCACUGUGUUCGCAGGUGGCAUCAACCGCACCAAAUACCCAAUCCUGUGCCAGGCGGUGGGCAUCGUGCUGCACUACUCCACGCUCUCCACCAUGCUGUGGAUUGGAGUGACUGCCAGGAACAUCUACAAGCAAGUGACCAAGAAGGCCCUGCCGUGCCCCGGCGCAGACCAGCCACCAUUCCCCAAGAAGCCCCUGCUCAGGUUUUACCUCAUCAGUGGAGGCAUCCCGUUCAUCAUCUGUGGGGUUACAGCUGCCACAAACAUCAGUAAUUACGGGAUUGAAGAUGAGGACACAGCCUACUGCUGGAUGGCCUGGGAGCCCAGCCUGGGUGCGUUUUAUGGGCCGGCCGCCUUCAUCGCCCUGGUCACCUGCGUGUACUUCCUUGGCACCUACAUCCAGCUUCGGCGUCACCCCGAGCGCAGGUAUGAGCUCCGAGAGCGCACAGAAGAGCAGCAGCGGCUGGCGGUACCGGAGGGAGGCCACUGCCACGGGGUGCGGCCUGGCACCCCAACUGCCUGCGACGCCCUGGUGGCCUCCCAGCUGCAGAAUGAGCACUCGUUCAAGGCCCAGCUGCGGGCUGCUGCCUUCACGCUGUUCCUGUUCACGGCCACGUGGACCUUCGGGGCACUGGCCGUGUCUCAGGGCCACUUCCUGGACAUGAUCUUCAGCUGUCUAUACGGCGCCUUCUGUGUGACCCUGGGGCUCUUUGUGCUCAUCCAUCACUGCGCCAAACGGGAGGACGUGUGGCAGUGCUGGUGGUCGUGCUGCCCAUCCCGUGGGGACACCUCUACCACCAAGCCCAGCACCCACCCUGCCCUCGACGCCAAUGGGGACAUACUGGGGCACACCUGCCUGCAGGACUCACCAGGCCCUGGCAACCCAAGGGGUUUCAGCCACCCGCCUCCUGGCCACUGCAAGAUGACCAACCUGCAGGCUGCCCAGGGCCAUGUCAGCUGCCUCUCGCCAGCCACUCCCUGCUGUGCCAAGAUGCACUGCGAGCAGCUGAUGGAGGAGGAGGCCCACGUGCACAUGCCAGAGGAGGACGCCUUCCACAACCCAAGCCUGCACAGGUGCCUCAAGGGCAGAACUAAGCCUCACUACUUCAGCCGGCACCAGGCAGCUGCUGCUGAGCACGAGUACGCCUACCACAUCCCCUCCAGCCUAGACGGCAGCCCCCACAGCUCACACACAGACAGUCCGCCCAGCUCGCUCGAGGGCCCCAUGGGGGUGCACACGCUGGCCUGCUGUGCCCAAGGUGACCCCUUCCCUAUGGUCAGCCAGCCUGAGUGCAGUGACACCAGUCCUGCGCUCUACGGCUGCCCCCCAAGGCUGCCUCCAGGCCCCGCCCAUUUGGAGAUGCUCCGGAGGACACAGUCCCUGCCAUUUGGUGGCCCCAGCCAGAAUGGGAUGCUAAAGAGCACUAUUCAAGAAGGCCUAUCCUUCAGCACCGAUGGGACAGGCAACAUUCGAACAGGGCCCUGGAAAAAUGAAACUACUGUGUAAUAGGGACAGGAACACAUCACCCUCACCAGUGCCACCGUGUCCCUGGAGGAGCUUCA